GCUGUUGAUGGAGAAGGGGGCGGAUGACAGCCGGGACAGUGGUCAUCACCGGGGGCAUCUUGGCGACUGUGAUUCUGCUCUGCAUCAUCGCAGUUCUGUGCUACUGUCGGCUGCAGUACUACUGCUGCAAGAAGGGCGAGUCCGAGGAGGACGAGGAGGAGCCGGACUUCGCGGUGCACUCGCACCUGCCGCCACUGCACUCCAACCGCAACCUCGUGCUGACCAACGGGCCGGCGCUCUACCCGGCCGCCUCCACCUCCUUCAGCCAGAGGUCCCCGCAGGCCCGUGCCCUCUGCCGUAGCUGCUCCCACUACGAGCCGCCCACCUUCUUCCUGCAGGAGCCCCCCGAGGACGAGGACGUGCUCAACGGCGGGGAGCGUGUGGCCUACAGGAGCGUCAGCCAGGAGGACGUGGCACUGUCCCCUGGGGGCCUCGGCGGCCUGCAGGCACUCAACCCUAACCGCCUCUCGGCCAUGCGGGAGGCCUUCUCCCGGAGCCGCAGCAUCAGCACCGAUGUGUGACCGGAGCCCUGGGAGGUCCUGAAACCAUGGCAGGAUCCCUAGGGUGCACCUACCUGGCCUCAGGCCCAGAUCGGGGCUCGGCUGAGCCCUGCUCACAUCCUUGUCCUCAGGGGGGACCCAGGCUUGAGGAACCCCCAGGCUCACUGCAAGGAUAAGGCUCAGUGACCAGAGCUGAGGCCAUAGGGAUAGGGGCAGCGGGGACCUGGAGCUGGACAGGA